GCAGAAAGGGAAGGAGAUAGAGGAAAGGGAGAAGAGAAGCCACUGUGACUCUCUCUCAACCAACAUUUCUCAAACUUAGAGAGAGAAAGGGUAAUAGGGAGAUACAGACACACAGAAAAACAACAAAUUUCUCAAACCUUAUUAGCCUUCAGAAUCCAGGAGGAGAAGAAGAAGUGGUUGCCAUAGAAGGGAGGGCCAGAGGGAUUUCGAUUCAAGCUUCUCAAGAAACUACCGGUUUUCAUUCAACGAAACCGCUCUGGGAUUUCUCUUCUGCGGAGGGAGAGAAAUUCCGGUUUCUUCAUAAGAUUUCGGCUGCGCUCUUCCUUUUCUCGGAUUUGGUAAAUGAUACGAAUGGAGAAGAAGGAAGAGAAGAGCCAACAGAGAGGUUUUAAAGGAUUCGAACCAGAUUUACUGCUGCAGUGGGGGACCAAAAAGCGGCUGAGAUGCGUGAGAGUCAGAGGCCCUCAGCUCAUCUCCCAGAGAUCCAACGGCGGAUUCAACCGGAGAAUCACUUCCCGGAUUGAUAGAUUCGUCGUCUCCUCGCCAGAAAAAGAAAUCUCCCACCAUCUCCUUUCCAAUCGCAUUACAAGGAAUUCAGAUGCGGCGGGGGGUCGAUCGGCGGGGGUGAAUGAGAAGAGGAAAUUAGCGUCGUCGCCGGAGAAGGAGGACAGAUAUUACAGCACGAGAGGAUCUUCGGCGGCAGGAUUGGGGGUAGGUGGAGGAGCGGAGAAAGCCUGUUCUGCGGAGGUAAUAGAAGAGAGAGAAAGAGUGGUUUGGCCGAAGCUGUAUAUAAGCUUGUCAAGUAAAGAGAAAGAAGAAGACUUUAUGGCGAUGAAAGGUUGCAAGUUGCCUCAGAGACCCAAAAAGAGGUCCAAAAUCAUCCAAAGAACCGUUCUCGCAGUUUGCCCAGGAGCGUGGUUGACUGAUAUGUGCCAGGAGAGGUAUGAAGUUAGGGAGAAGAAGAGUUCCAAGAAGAGACCAACAGGGUUGAAAGCAAUGGGAAGUAUGGAGAGUGAUUCAGAAUGA